GUAGUCCAUGGCCAAGGGCGUCUUCGUAUUCUGGCCGUCCGCCCAGGUUGUCACUGCCCGGCCCUCGGCACAUGUGCAGGCCUGUCUGGUCAUUUCUGCUCGGGUUGCCCCUCUGGGACUUCAGGUGCGUUCGGCAGCCAUUGACCUGUCCAGGCUCCUGCCUCCGGGCCUGCCACUUCGCGUUCAUCGUGUACCUUUACGAGGUCUUCCUCAUCACGGUUCAACCGUUCUCGGGGCCACCGCUGCGUCGCAGCUUCCAUUCAAGCGCGUCCAGGUCCAGGCCUGUCAAGCUCGCCAGGUACGUUCUCAACAUCUUCCCCUUCGUGCUCCCCGACUCUGGUCACCGCCGCUCGUGUCGCAGUCGCGCUUCGGUGCCCUGCAUCCUGAGCGUCUCUGGUCUUCUCAGGGCUCAUUUCUCUUUUCGACUGUCGUACCGCGGCGUCUUGGGGCCUCUUAGCGGUCCCAGGGCGUCGUCGUCGUCGUCAUCAUCAUCGUCGUCGUGAUUUCUGGGCGGUUUGACUCAUCCUGGGCCUCCUGGCUGGCCUUUGGAUGGCCCUCAGGAUCUGGAAGCACACGCACCCAGGUUGGUUGCUGCACGGCGGCGGCGCGCAGCCCCAGGGCGCGGCCGCCCGCCUCUGCGCGUGGUGCUCCACGCACACCCUGCGGAGCCUCGCGCCGCUCGCGGGCAGCCUCGUGGUGAUUGUGGUGCACCGGAGCCCGCUGCCCCAGCUGCUCGCGUGGAGGAGGGUGGCCGCGGAGCACCCCCGCUGGCCCCGGCCCCUCAGCUCCUGCUUCGGGGCCCCCGCUGGCGGCUGGCGCCAGCCCUGCAGGCCGGAAACUGAGGGUAACGUCAUCCCGGGGUGCUGCCAGAUGCAGCCGGGGCGGGCCUCUUUCGAGGACGUCGUCGAGUUGUGGAACUCGUACCAAUCUGGCUACAUCGCCUUGGUGCGGGAGCUGGGGCGGCUGGGCAUAUUGAGCGUCCUCCUCGGACAGAAGGAGGUUGCUCUCAACGCGAGCGGCGUCCUGGACAAGAUCGGCGGGCUACUGGGUGCAAGGCCUCUG